UGGCAGAAGCUGCGGCGGCUUCUCCACACGUGAGUUCGGGGCUUUUUCCUCUCGCGGGAGAACUUCCUUUCCCCCAGCCCGGAAGUGCCCUUCGGUGCCCUUUAAUUCUAGUUAUUCCUGCCUACAUCUGAAUGCUAAAACAAGGAAUAGCAGUCGACACCAAGAUAAUAUCAACAGUUAUCUGAAAUAUUGUUUACAGGUAAUGUCAACCUGUAAACAAACACUAAACGUCCAUAAAAAUGGCAAUAGUAGUUUCUUUCCCAAAUAGGUAUAAGUUUGUGAGCCCUACCCAUGUUUCCUAAGGAGGUUUAACAAAGGACAUCGUCCUCUUUCUAUGCUCCUCCCGAUGGAAACAUGCAGAUGGGGACAGUUUGAUAGGUAUUUGGGGAUCCAUGCUUAUCUCUAACUAAGAAUGAGUGAUGAUUUGGCAGGCAGAUGGCAUGUUGGAGAUAAAUGCCUUGCUCCUUUUCCUGAAAAUGAGAAGCUUUGUGAAGCCACAAUAACAUCCUUGGAAACAGAUGAAAAUGGGAAUUCUUUUGCAGUUGUAUCUUUUAGGGCCUCUCAAGAAAAGAAAAUACUAGUAGCAAAACUCUGUAGUAUCAAAACCAGUAAAUAUGCCCAGAAGAACUUAAUAUUUGAUGACGAAGAUUUGGAGAAGCCUCAUUUCCCUGGCAGAAGAUUUCCCUCAUCUGCAGUUGACUAUGAGCUGUCUAAGGAUGGAGAUCGGAUCCCAUAUACAAUUAAUAGAUAUCUACGUGAUUAUCAAAGAAAAGGGGCUCAGUUUUUAUAUGAACACUCUGUCUGUGGUAACGGAUGCAUUCUUGGAGAUGACAUGGGCCUUGGAAAAACAGUACAGGUUAUUUCCUUUCUGGCUGCAGUGCUGCACAAAAAGGGGACACGUGCAGAUAUUGAAAAUAACAUGCCUGAAUUUUUGCGAAGAACUAUGAAAAAAGAAAUGCCAUCUGUUCCCAAGAAACCUUUCCUGAUUGUGGCACCCCUUUCUGUCCUGUAUAAUUGGAAAGAUGAAUUGGAUACCUGGGGCUAUUUCAAGAUGAUAGUUCUUCAUGGCAAUAGAAAGGACUACGAAAUGAGUCGAAUCAAGCAGGGGAAAUGUGAAGUCGCACUAACAACAUAUGAAACCCUUCGCCUUUGUUUGGAUGACCUUAACAGCUUAGAGUGGUCGGCUGUCAUUGUAGAUGAAGUGCAUAGAAUCAAGAAUCCGAAAUCGCAAAUAACCCAGACCAUGAAGGCUCUGAAGUGCAAGGUUCGAUUGGGACUUACUGGGACGAUUCUGCAGAACAACAUGAAGGAACUUUGGUGUGUCAUGGACUGGGCUGUACCGGGACUUUUGGGAAAUGAAGCGCGCUUCAAGAAGGAAUUUUCUGAUCCAGUAGAACAUGGUCAGAGGCAUACUGCAACCAAAAGAGAACUAGCAACAGGUCGAAAAGCAAUGCAGAGGCUAGCUCAGAAAAUGUCUCGCUACUUCUUACGGCGUACAAAAGCUCUGAUAAAUGAUCAGUUGCCCAAAAAGGAGGACAGAAUGGUUUAUUGUUCUCUGACAGAGUUCCAGAGAGCUGUGUAUAAGACUGUGCUGGAGACAGAGGAUGUGCACUUGGUGCUGCGAGCAGGGGAACCAUGCAGCUGCAACAGUGGUCGCAAGAGGAAAUACUGCUGCUACAAAACAAAUGCUCAUGGCGAAACAAUGCGGGCAUUGUACUUCAGUUACCUGAUGGUCCUUCGUAAGAUUGCUAACCAUGCUGCACUGUUACAAACGGACAACACGAGCAAACAGCAGGAAGCCUACAUCACAAGGGUGUGCAGCCAAGUGUUUUCCAAAUUUCCUGAUUUUGUGAAGCUUAGCAAAGAUGCAGCCUUUGAAACCAUUUCUGAUCCAAAGUAUAGUGGGAAAAUGAAGGUCCUUCAGAAACUUUUAAAUCACUUCAGAAAAAACAAAGAUAAAGUGCUCCUUUUUUCCUUCUCAACCAAGUUGCUUGAUGUUCUGGAGCAAUAUUGCAUGGCAUCUGGGCUAGAUUACCGAAGACUUGAUGGAAAUACAAAGGCAGAGGACAGGGUCAAGAUAGUAAAAGAGUUCAACAGCAUGGAAGAAGUUAACAUUUGCCUCGUUUCUACAAUGGCUGGUGGACUGGGGCUCAAUUUUGUUGGAGCAAAUAUUGUUAUACUGUUUGACCCAACAUGGAAUCCAGCUAAUGAUCUUCAAGCCAUUGACAGAGCUUACAGGAUUGGCCAAUGCAGGGAUGUGAAAGUGUUUCGGCUAAUCUCUUUGGGCACAGUGGAGGAGAUGAUGUACUUACGGCAGGUUUAUAAACAGCAACUGCAUUGUGCUGUGGUGGGAAGUGAAAAUGCCAAGCGGUAUUUUGAGGCUGUGCAAGGAUCAAAGCAACACCAAGGAGAACUUUUUGGUAUUCAUAACCUUUUCAAGCUUCAGGACCAUGGAUCCUGUCUGACAAAAGAGAUUCUGGAGAGAGAGGGCCAAGUGGAAGCUGGUGUCAUGACAGCUACUACAUGGUUAAAAGAGGAACCCCAGGAACACGCAGCAGAAAUGGACACAGAGGGUGGUUGUGAAGAUCAAGACACUGCCAGUCCCAGGAAACUGUUGAAAAGGGAAGAGUUUGAUUGUGGCAGUGACUUCAGUGACGAGGAGCCUGUGAGAAAUUCCAAAGUGAAAGCAGAACAAAGCCGAUCUUGCAAUACAAAAAAUAGCAAAGUUCUGCAGGGGCAGCUUACUUUGCUGCAGUGUGGGUUUCCUAAACUACUAGAAAAGGGCACAGAAAUUGCUGAGGGUGAUAGUUGCAUUGCUGUCUCGAGUGGUGAAAGUGUUGGUGGUAAAUCAAUGUGGCAAAUAUCUAAAGAAAGCUCCCGAAAUGAAUGUUCCCUGAAAACCGAGGACCACCGCAGUACUGCAGGACCUCGGAGAGACUUAUUGUCACCAAUCAAAGCUGUGAAACAAGAGUUGCAUAGAGAAACUACAGGCUGUGAUUAUCCUGUUUCACUACAUCCUGAAGAAGAAAAGGACCCUGGAAAUAAAUACAAAGACAUGCAUAUUUUAAAUCAAGUUGGGGUCGUUAUGGAGACAGAAUGCAGUUCAAGUGACAGUGAUGAUAUAAUAUUUCCUUCUCAAGUUCCUACUGACCAGAAAUCUGUUAAAAGCUAUAAAGGUGCAGCAACAAAUUGUGAAUGUUUAGGCACAGAAAAAAGUUCCACGCAUACAUCUCUGCAAAAGCAUUUGACUUCCGAGCACAGUAGCAGGAGUGUUUCGCCUUACAGGAAAAUGACACCAUUUGAAAACAUCCGAAAGAUCACGUCAGUGAAAGAAGCAAGUGAUCUCAGUGAUGAGUCUGAUGAUAUUGAGAUGUCUGGAUCAGGAAAGCAGAAAUUCACCGGCAUUCUGAAAGAAAAAGGGUUCUGUAACAGGGGGCUUGGCACCUCCUCUGCAAGAACUGUGUUGCACAAGAAAAAUUCAAGUGUUGGGGAAAACAUAGAGGAGUUCUCAUCCCCAGAAGAUGGCUUCCCAAUUAAUAAACGGAGAGAGAAGCUAAAUAGUGAGAGGUGUGGAAUUCAAAUUAAACCCAAAUCGCUAGUGUAUCCUAAGAGUCCCUCUUUGACUCUGAGAAAACGAAACCAUUCCGAUAAGCACCAGACUUAUUUCAGCGAGCAAACAUUUGAAAGCCAAGGAAAAAAUGUGGGAUCCCUGGACAGACUUCUUGGUGAUGUUGCAGAAGUGUCAUAUGUGCACUCCAAUCAAAAUGUGGUUGGUUCAAGCAAGGCAGAGAAUCAGAUGAGUCGGUGGGCGGUGCAAGACGUGUUUGAACUGCAGCAGUUUUCGCAGCUCCCUGCAAAUGUAGCCGUAUGCCCUGCCAAGAAAAGCAGGAAGAGUCCGUGGGAAGCUUUCUCAAGGAAGAAGAACACCAAAAAGGAUAAUUCAGUAAAGGAAACCAGCAAGCCUGCAGUACUUUACAUUAGACAUCCUGUCUGUCAAAAGAAGAAGGAGGUUCACCAAGUUGGCGCCAUUACCUUCCUGGUUGGAAAAACACCCCAAAGAAUCCGCAGGAAACAGUUUGAAGAAAUGGCAUCUCAUUUUCAGAAGGCUUCAGUGGAAGAACUCGCCAAGCAUAUUAUCAAAACUACAUCAGAAGAAAGGCAGAAAAUGCUGAAAGAAUUUUACAGUGCAAAAUAUCCAGAGUUAAAGGACCUAUUAAAAGUUGAUGUUCCAGUAUCUGUUUCAGAAGGAAGUGAGGAAGGAGCUGUGCACAGAACCCCAUUUAGAAAAAGAAAGACAAUUUCUAAACAUGGAAAAUCAGAGUCUGAGUCUUCAACAGAUCUCUACGGCCAAAAAAGACAUGACGCAGAAGUAAAGCAGUUUCAGUUUGAUCCCUUCAUACAGGCUGCUGUGUGCCAUGAUGUGGAAGAUAAACAAUUGCCCACUGUCAUUACCCAAGAUAGCGUUAGUAGGAGAAACAGUCAGGCAUUCAAGGACUUUAUGGCAUCUGACUCAUUAAGCAGUAAAUCAGGAAUAAUUGAGGGGCUGUCUGCAAAUACUACUAAAGGACAGCCAAACUUGAAGGGAAUGGAGUCACCAAGAGAACCCUUUCUGUCUCCACCAGAAAGCAGACAUGCUCAAAUGUGCAAGAAAAACUCUUUCGCAGACAUGCUAGGAGACAUCUCUAUUUUAAACGACCUCUUCAAGAGCCACGAGAAUAGACCAACAGAGGCACCUAGGAAGACUCUCUCUGGUCCUGCAGAAAAAGCACGAACUCGGCCAAAAGACUUCUGGGACAUGCUGAAUGAACCGAAUGAUGAGAGCCUCGAAAAACUCACAGACGUGGCAGUUAUAGAGAAACUGUGUGAAAGAGCUUCUCCAGUCACUUCAUCCAAGAAGAAAGAGGAUGAUGAGAAGUCUCUUUGGAAGAAAAAUGACAAUUUUUUAUGGAAAAGAUAUGCAGCUGACACAGAUGACAAAUCUUUGUCUGGCACAUGAUGUCUAGUUUUGAAGAAAAUGAGAGGGAAACAUCCACAGGUGUUAACAAAAAAGAUCACACACACACACACACACACGGAACUGGCCCAAUGAAUUUGCAAGCUUCUUAAGUGCUCUUACCGCCAGUUUCCUUCCCUUCCCUUUCACAACCCCUUCAAAAUAAAGGUUGUUUUCUUUUCUCUCUUGAAAGAAGGAGACCUCUAUGUUUUGAAGGAGUCAUGAAAGGAAAAUAUCCUUGAAAAGGGGCUGAAGAAAUACAAAACGUAUUGCAUUAGUAUUGAGAAUAAGAGCGUGUUGCUCUUACAGCACCUAUGGAGAUUUUCCUCCUGUUUGGCUGUUGACUUGUGAGUACUCCUAAUUCGGUUUUAAACAGUUAAACUUGGAAAAAAAAGUUCCAAAGCUGUGAGCUUUCCCCAUAAGACAGUGCAGCACCCGUAUCAGAGUCCCGUUAGAGUCCCAUUUCCCCAGUUUAUCUGCACACAUGAAAACUCUGCAUGCCUUCCAUAUUCCCAUCUAGAUCAUCCCUUCCAUUUAGUCAAGUUACUUGUGUCCAUGUAAACACACACACACACACAUUGAAUGGGCCUGGGAAGGAGGAGAAAACAUGACUAUCACUCUGUGCACAGGCGUUGCAACAUCAUGGGGUGAACAGCCACAUCCUUUUUAUGCUUCAUUGUAAUUUGUUGGCCUCUGUACACCCCAGCAUUUUUGUCAUGUUUUCUGUCAGCAAAGCAGUGGCAAAAGUGUGGGAUUUGACUAGAUACCUGAUUGGUACUUCUCUGAGCUACUAGAUUAACACUAGGGCACUUUCAGACAUCUGAAAAA